AUGGAGAAGAUCAAGAACAUCAUCAACAACACGAGCAAGGACGAGCAGGAGAAGCAGUUCAGCACGCAGCCCAUCGACGACAAGAAGGAGGGCGCCAGCAGCUUCGACCCCAAGACGGCCGCCCACCAGGCGGCGCCCGGCCCCGCAGUGCCCAAGGACUUUAGCGCCCAGGAGGAGGGCACCAAGGAGGAGCGCCGCGCCAAGGCCGCCGAGCUGAACAAGUAA